UCUACGCAUUAAAGUAAAUCUGUGACCGACAUUUUAAAAACAGGUCCAAUCAAACCAAACACUAUUGAGGCAUAACAGCGGGCAUAACCUACCAAACUGUCAUUCUAAACGCACCGUAGUUUCGGCUCUUUUCACCUAUCACCGCACUUUCGCUACUGAGUUGUUGUUUGUUUACGAUGCGCUUAGGAUACCCUCGCUUGCUCCCUCUCUGCCCGAAGAACUCUUACGGGAAGUAGGCGACUGGGCUUCUAACAGCAUAUUUAACCAAAGCUGUUUAACUCAAAUUGAUAAAACUUGUUUCCUGGAAACGUAUGUCUGAUGCUCAGCAAAAUAUUAACGAAUGUGACAGAAACCCAGUCUGUUCUAUGGGUAAACCGUAUUACUAAACUAGCCACGAGUACACGAGUCUAGCCCACUCCAGUGAGCUGAAUGAAACAGUGUGGCCUCUGCAAGAGUGACGAACCCCCUCCGGCGUCCACGUCCACAACAUUCCAGCAGGGAGAACGUUCUAACACUAGAACGCGUCUGCAGCCGCUCUCUCUUUCUCUGAUUGAAUCUAUAGGAGUGCUGUUGGUGUCUGGUCCUCCCGUCGCUGGAAGCUCUUGAAAACGUUCCUGGCACUGAGCAUUUUUGCCAAAAACAGCGGUCUCUCUCUAUGCAAGAUGCAAGUGAGCUUACUUUUGAGUCUGUGCUUUGCGAAGUGGACGUUCAUAGUCGGCAACCCCGGUCCAAUUGAAGAUGUGGUUAUAGAUCGCUACUCUGUCCCUGAACACUGCACGAGAGAAGUGAAAACCGGAGAUUUUGUCCGGUACCACUAUAACGGAACUUUCGUCGACGGAAAACAGUUUGACUCCAGCCAUGACAGGGGCGUGGCCUUCUUUGUGCAGGUGGGGCGUGGCCGUCAGAUUGCUGGGAUGGACAAGGGCCUCAUAGGAAUGUGUGUGAACGAGCGCCGGAGGGUCACUAUACCCCCCCACCUUGCCUAUGGCAGCCAGGGUGCAGGUGAUAUGAUCAAAGCGGACGCUACGCUGAUCCUCGACGUGGUUCUGCUGGACGUCUGGAACCAGGCUGAUCAGACCCGGACACACUCCUCCAGUCGGCCGCGGAACUGCAGACGCUCCGUCCAGAAGUCGGACUUUGUACGGUUCCACUUCAAUGGCACCCUGCUGGACGGAACCGCCUUCGACUCCAGCUAUGGGCGCCAUCAGACGCAGGACUCUCUGGUAGGGGAGGGCUGGCUGAUCGCGGGCCUGGAGGAGGGGCUUCUGGGCAUGUGUGUGGGGGAGAGGCGGAGCCUCAGCGUGCCCCCAUUCCACGCCUACGGAGAGAAGGGUUACGGCGCUAAUGUCCCCCCCCACGCCACGCUGUUGUUUGAUCUGGUCCUGGAAGACCUCCACAACUCAAAAGAUGACGUCACCGUGGAAACGCUGGCGCUCCCGCAGUCGUGUGCCAGACGCUCCGUUUCCGGAGACUACAUCCGCUACCACUACAACGGGACGUUCCUCAACGGACACGCCUUUGACAGCAGCUACCGCAGGAACCAGACCUAUAACACAUACAUUGGUUUGGGCUACGUGAUCGCUGGCAUGGACAAAGGACUGCAGGGUGUGUGUGUCGGGGAGAAGAGACGCAUAAUCAUGCCGCCACACCUGGCCUACGGACAGCACGGAGCCGGUAAGGAGAUUCCCGGUUCUGCUGUGCUGGUGUUCGAUGUUCACGUGGUGGACUUCCACAACCCGUCCGACUCCGUGGAGAUCCAGGUUACUCACAGACUGGAGUGCAACGAGAGCAGCGCUGUGGACGACUUCAUCCAGUACCACUACAACUGCUCCCUGAUGGAUGGGACGCCACUCUUCAGCUCGAAGGACUAUCAGACCCCGCAGGAUGUGACCCUGGGGGCGGAUAAGGUGAUUGACGGGCUGGACGAGGGUCUGAGGGGGAUGUGUGUCGGGGAGAAGAGGAGGGUGCUGGUGCCCCCCCACCUGGGCCACGGAGAGAGAGGAGCUGGGGAUGUCCCAGGCAGUGCUGUGCUGGUGUUUGAGCUGGAGCUGAUGUCCCUGCAUAAGGGGCUUCCUCCAGGUUACCUGUUUGUGUGGUUGGACAGCGGGCCGGCGGAUCUGUUCAAGGAGCUCGACACCAACCACGACCAGGAGGUGCCACUAGAGGAGUUCUCGGACUUCAUCGCGCUGCAGGUGACAGAGGGCAGAGGUCGCCUGAAGCCGGGGGUGGAGCCUGCCGUUGUCAUUGGCGACAUGUUUAAGAACCAGGACAGAAAUCAAGAUGGCCGCAUCACAGCAGACGAGCUGAAACUCAAAGUACAGGAAGAUGCAGAGAACGCUCUUCACGAGGAGUUAUAACACACACACACACACACUACACACACACACACACACACACACACACUACACACACACACACGCACUACAUA